UUACCUUUCCGGAGCGCAAUUUUUCCCGUCCGCCGAUCGAGAGGUAGGCUGCUCAACCUCCGCCUCCGCUUCGCCGCGGCGAUAUCUGCUCCUUCGUCGGGCUUCUGCCGACUCUGCAGCCGUCGGAUUACUGCCCGAUUGAGGCGAAAAGCGGCUCUAAUUCCAACUCCUUAGGCUUCACAAUUCAUAACGUGCUUAUUACCGGUAUGAUUCGGUUGUUCCUCUCACCAGCAGACGAGGCUGGCGGCGGAGACGACGAGUCCGCCCGGUCGGUGAUUGCUCAUCUGAAUCAACUAGGUUCCGUCAUCUGGUCUGCGGUAGUUGCAGCCGGUUGCAGAUCGGAGGCUCGGCUAUGGCUUUGCAACACGAUAUCUCGCUUGACCUCCCUGCCGCGCCUAGACCACCGGGACAUAUUCGUCUCGCUACUGAGGUCGAAGCCGCGGGGGAGAGCGUUAGCAUCUCAACUUCUGCAAAUGAUGUUCGAGAAGAGACCGCACAUGGCAGGACCUGUCAUAGCCAGAAGAAGCCACCUGCUUGAACAGUUCUUCAGAGGGAACCCCAGGCGGAUUUUCGACUGGUUCUGGAACUUCGAUGCUGGUGGAGGAUUGGAUCACAAGAAAGGAGCCAAGGCUUUGUCGCAAUUCACGUUCAUCAAUCGCGAUAUCUGCUGGGAGGAGUUGGAGUGGAAGGGGAAACAUGGGCAGUCACCGGCAAUGGUUGCCACGAAGCCUCAUUACUUUCUCGAUUUGGACGUUCAGAGAACGGUGGAGAACUUUGCCGAAUAUGUACCUGAGUUCUGGUCGUCGAGUGAGUUUGCAGAAUCGUUGAGGGAUGGCGAGAUCCUGUCAAUUGAUUCGAAGUACUUUCUCGAAUUGUUUGUUGAUUUUAUGUACGUGGAAGACGCUAGAGAUGUGUGGGAAGUUGUGAGUGAUUUUCUGAUGGAGGAACCGUUUUCUUGUCUAUGCCAACGCCUCCUCAUAGGACUCGAAGAGAGUGACUUCUUGGUCUUCCUAAAAUUGCUUGGUGAUCAUCUUAGGCCAAAGAUGGAGCAUAAGGAGUUCGGUCACUCUACCCACUGGCUAGAGAUUGUUCUGUCUAAGUCUCGAGAUUUUACAUCGGUUGAUCAGCUCUUGCUGUUAAAUGCUGUUAUCAGUCAAGGACGGCAACUUGUCCGAGUGAUACAUGAUGAAGAGUGCAGAGAGGAAAAGGAAAAGAUCGGAGAUAUAUUAUCGAAAAUUUCUAACGCCUUCAGCGGGGCUAAUAGCUUUGUCUCUUUCCUGGAAGAGUGCCAAAGGAUGAAGACAGUUGAAACCGUAAGAGUGAUAGGGCUUCAAUCUUGGGUUGUGCACUAUAAGCUGUCGAAUGAAUGCCAGAACAUAGACUCAUGGGAAUCUUUGUUUAUAAGAAAUGGGAUUAAGUUCCGCAAAUCUGGAAAAUAUUCGAUGGUUCAGUAUGGAUCAGGAGGUGAAAGUGAGUUUGAAUUGGAUGAUAGAAUAUCCAUUGGUUCUCGACGGAAAAAGAAAGACAGGAAGAGAAAGAAAAGGAAGAGAAACUACGAGUUUUAUGAAAGUUGUAAUGACUUGUUGCAUAUUGAUAUGGCUGAUAAUGGCUUACAGGAUAGGGCCGAGAGUUGGUUGCUUUCCACGGAUGAAUUUACUGCAUCAUGGACCAUUGCUGAUUUGCCAGAGCACAUUGCUAAUCAAUGCUUUAGUGCAUGGAUGAAGUGGGUGAAUGCAAAGUUAGCUCUGGAAGCUUAACGUGUUUGGCAUAUGUUCUUCACUCUGAGAUAGGUUGACUGGCCUCUCCACAAUAAGCCGUUCUAGAUGGACUGAAAGAAAACCAACAAGCAGGCUGCUGCGACUGCUUGGAGUCACACGUUCCCUUUGGAUGUCUGACUGGUAUAUAAAGCAGGUAUCGCUGAGAGAUAGAUGAUCUUCCAUCUUGUAUCUGGUUGAUCUAUUAACUGGUGAUCUGGUCAGUGAAGUCUAUCUGUUUCCUGGGGUCACUUUAUUAUUCUUCAAAUUGAUGCACCGGCAUAUCAACCCAGGAGCAUGUUUUGCUUUAAUGUGGUAUGGUAACCGCAGCACAAGUUUGUUGAGGGAAUUUAAUGGUAUUAGAAGGGACCUACACCAGCUCGCCAAAGCUGCUGCCGCCUCACUCCAAGCUGUUUCUGACUGACCAUUCUUCACUGCUGACACCACCAACAGGAGUGGUGAAAAUAAUCUGCGAAUAUUGCCGGAACCAGCAGAGGAUGCUGGCAGAUUUGUUGAACAUUCCCGACAUUAUAUGGCAGUGGUCGUUGAGGGGCAGGUGUACUGGGAGGGUGGCAGCAAUGACAACGGAGUGGCGGGCAGACUGUGGGUAUGAUUGCAUUGGAACCCUAAGCAUUAUGCAUCACUAGUAGUCAAGGGAAGAUCAUGGGAACUGGGAACUCAAGAAGUCGGUGACAGGCACCCUACUUCACUGUGUUUAGGAAGUGGACGAGGGGACGAGCCGGGACAUAUCAAACUCGGGCCGACUCAAUGGACUUAUAUGAGAUAAGAUGGAUUUUUACGUCUUUGACUUUUAAAUGGCGGGGAUCAAACUCUUGCCCGAGGGUCCUAUGAAGGCCAUCUUCUGGGAUAAUAAAACCCAUUAGAUUGAGGACGGGGAGGCAACAUGAGCAUUUAUGCCAAAGAUCACGGCUGGUUUCAUUGGGGAGAAACGAGUUUCAUUAGUAGCAUUGGCUCACAAGACUACCGGAGUUCUGUCCCGCUUGUGAUCGCUUUGAUAAUUGUUCUAGUCUUAUUUAUCGAAAUAAUUGCGGAGCUGUCAUGUAUAAUUUGAAUGACACAGUAAGGAAUUAUGGUUGGAAGCAAGAACGGAAUGGGAUUAUGUUGGCGAUA